GAGAGCCGCCAUUUUGGGGGGAGGAGAAACACAAGCAGGUGCGGCAGAGACUCAACGCGAUGCUGACUGGGUUUUGCUUCUCUUUCCAGCACUGUGGGGUCAGAGGAGAAGAACCCAUCGGGCUCCUUACUCCGGCUGCCUCUCCGGAAUGAGGCCUCAGCGCCCGCGCGGGACGGCCCCCUUUCUCCUGCGAGAGAGCUCAAGCAGAGGCCGAAGCCGAGACGAUGCCUGGGAAGCUGAAGGUGAAAAUCGUGGCCGGGCGCCAUUUGCCAGUGAUGGACCGUGCUAGUGACCUGACUGAUGCCUUCGUGGAGGUGGAUGAUGAAGACUUACAAGAUGAACCUCUACAGAUCACAGUUCUUGACCAUGAUACUUACAGUGCAAAUGAUGCCAUUGGUAAAGUGUACAUUGAUAUUGACCCUUUACUGUAUAGUGAAGCUGCAACAGUCAUCUCAGGAUGGUUUCCAAUAUAUGACACCAUACAUGGUAUCCGUGGAGAAAUCAAUGUAGUUGUUAAAGUAGACCUCUUCAAUGAUUUAAAUCGGUUUAGGCAGUCAUCAUGUGGAGUCAAAUUCUUUUGCACAACAUCUAUUCCAAAGUGCUAUAGAGCUGUGAUAAUUCAUGGAUUUGUAGAAGAGCUUGUGGUCAAUGAAGACCCAGAAUAUCAAUGGAUUGAUCGAAUUCGCACACCCAGGGCAUCAAAUGAGGCCAGACAGAGACUCAUUUCUCUAAUGUCAGGUGAACUGCAGAGAAAGAUUGGCUUGAAAGUACUUGAAAUGAGAGGAAAUGCAGUUGUUGGGUACUUACAGUGUUUUGAUCUGGAGGGCGAGUCUGGGUUAGUGGUACGAGCCAUAGGAACAGCGUGUACUCUGGAUAAAUUAAGUAGCCCAGCAACAUUCCUUCCUGCAUGUAGUUCCCCAUCUAAAGAUAUGAAGGAGAUUCCCUUCAAUGAAGAUCCCAAUCCCAAUACUCACUCAUCAGGACCCUCAACCCCUCUGAAAAACCAAACUUAUUCCUUUUCACCUUCCAAGUCCUACAGUCGACAAUCCUCUUCUUCUGACACAGAUUUGAGUUUGACACCCAAAACUGGAAUGGGAAGUGGUAGUGCUGGAAAAGAAGGGGGGCCAUUUAAAGCUCUUUUAAGACAACAGACUCAGUCAGCAUUGGAACAGAGGGAAUUUCCAUUUUUUACCUUGACGGCAUUUCCUCCUGGAUUUCUUGUGCAUGUUGGGGGUGUUGUUAGCGCACGUUCUGUGAAGCUUUUGGAUCGUAUCCACAAUCCUGAUGAACCAGAAACUCGAGAUGCAUGGUGGGCAGAAAUCAGACAAGAAAUAAAAUCACAUGCUAAAGCAUUAGGCUGUCAUGCUGUAGUGGGCUACAGUGAAUCAACUAGCAUCUGUGAAGAGGUCUGCAUUUUAUCUGCAUCCGGCACAGCAGCCGUACUGAACCCUAGAUUUCUUCAGGAUGGCACCGUGGAAGGCUGUUUGGAACAGAGGCUUGAAGAAAACUUGCCUACAGGCUGUGGUUUUUGCCAUAUACCAUAUGAUGAACUGAAUAUGCCAUUUCCAGCUCAUCUCACAUAUUGCUAUAACUGUAGGAAACAAAAAGUUCCUGAUGUUCUCUUUACAACUAUAGACCUCCCAACAGAUGCAACAGUUAUUGGAAAAGGUUGUCUUAUUCAAGCAAGGUUAUGUCGCUUAAAAAAGAAAGCACAGGCAGAAGCAAAUGCUACAGCUAUCAGUAAUCUCUUGCCAUUUAUGGAAUAUGAAGUGCAUACUCAGCUAAUGAAUAAACUAAAACUCAAAGGAAUGAAUGCUUUGUUUGGUCUAAGAAUUCAGAUUACAGUGGGUGAAAAUAUGUUGAUGGGCUUAGCGUCUGCCACAGGUGUAUAUUUAGCAGCUUUGCCAACUCCUGGCGGUAUUCAGAUUGCUGGGAAGACUCCUAAUGAUGGCUCAUAUGAACAGCAUAUCUCUCACAUGCAGAAAAAGAUAAAUGACACAAUUGCUAAGAACAAAGAGUUAUAUGAAAUUAAUCCUCCGGAGAUAUCUGAAGAAAUUAUAGGAUCACCCAUCCCAGAACCUAGACAGCGUUCAAGACUUUUAAGAUCUCAAUCAGAAAGUUCUGAUGAAGUUACAGAAUUAGACCUUUCACAUGGGAAAAAAGAUGCUUUUGUUUUGGAGAUUGAUGACACAGAUGCCAUGGAAGAUGUACAUUCUCUACUUACUGAUGUUCCUCCUCCUUCAGGCUUUUAUAGUUGUAAUACAGAAAUUAUGCCUGGUAUAAAUAAUUGGACAUCUGAAAUACAGAUGUUCACUUCAGUAAGAGUAAUCAGAUUAAGCAGCCUUAACCUGACUAAUCAAGCUCUCAAUAAGAACUUUAAUGAUCUCUGUGAAAAUUUGCUCAAGAGCUUGUAUUUUAAACUGCGAUCCAUGAUCCCCUGCUGCCUUUGCCAUGUCAAUUUCACAGUAUCUCUGCCUGAAGAUGAAUUAAUUCAGGUUACAGUCACAGCAGUUGCAAUAACUUUUGACAAAAAUCAGGCUUUACAGACCACAAAAACACAUGUUGAAAAGUCAUUGCAAAGAGCCUCUACAGAUAAUGAAGAACUUCUGCAGUUUCCGCUGGAACUGUGUUCAGAUUCACUUCCUUCUCAUCCUUUUCCACCAGCUAAAGAACACCUGGAGAGUGCAAGUUCUAACUCAGGUAUACCAGCUGCACAGAGAGCAACGUCAGUUGAUUACAGUUCCUUUGCAGACAGAUGCAGCAGCUGGAUAGAGCUCAUUAAACUGAAAGCUCAGACCAUAAGGCGUGGAUCAAUUAAGACAACUGUAACAGUUGAAAAAGCAAGUCCAAUGGGUGAAGGAAAUUUCCGGAAUCGUUCUGCUCCACCUUGUGCAAAUUCCACAGUUGGGGUUGUUAAGAUGACACCUCUUUCUUUUAUUCCUGGAGCAAAAAUAACUAAAUAUCUUGGGAUAAUCAACAUGUUUUUUAUUCGGGAAACCACUUCUCUUCGUGAGGAAGGAGGAGUCAGUGGUUUUCUCCAUGCUUUUAUUGCUGAAGUGUUUGCAAUGGUGAGAGCUCAUGUUGCUGCAUUAGGAGGGAAUGCUGUUGUCUCCUACAUAAUGAAGCAGUGUGUCUUCAUGGAGAAUCCAAAUAAAAACCAGGCACAGUGUCUUAUAAAUGUAAGUGGUGACGCAGUGGUUUUUGUUCGUGAAUCCGAUUUAGAAGUGGUACCAACCCAGCAGCCUGCUGCCAACUGCCACCCAUCAUGUACUGAAGGAGAAGUUACAACCUGAAGAAAAUUAGAAAGAAAGAGCUCAACCAAGUGAAAAUCAUCUGUCUCCAUUGUUGUGUCAUUAAUUGCCUUUGUAGACUUAACAUUGAACUUAAUUUAAGAUAAUUAAGAAAACUGAGUGAUUUGAUUUGUCUGGAGUCUCUUGGAGGCAUAAGAAUUUUCUAAUCUUGAUGCUUGACACUUUGUUUGCCUAGUCUAGAGAGACAGGCCCUUGGAAUCUUCACCAUUCAGUAAGUUAAGGUAAAUUUCUAAGAGAACUGUCUCAAAGAUGGAAGCUAUUUGUAAUUUAUAUUGAUUUUAAUAAAAUCAUAAUUUAAAAGGUGAAAUGGGAAGAUUAUCAAGAAUCUAGGAUAGCGACCCUAGUUUAAUUUAGAAAAACUAAGCAAGGAACCGACAAAUUGUUAAUUAGUAAGCAACCCGAUUUGAGAAAUGUAUGGGGAAAAUGGAGAAACGUUUUUAGAAAAUUAACGUAUGGGUUUCUUAAUGUGUGUUAUGUUGAUGGGGAAUUCAGUAACAACUGAAAGGGAAAAAUGCUUCAGCCAUCAUUUGAAAAGCAGUAAAAAUUCUGCAACUCGUAUCCAUGAUAC